AUGAAACCUCACCACAAUAUCCAUCGUGAAUCUGCUCACCUAAAAACCACAUAUCCAAAUUUCUCAAUCCCAAAACCCAAACUCAAAAUAUCUCGCGCUCUCUCCGUCUCUUUUUCUUUCCUUCUCCUCCCAUUCUUCUUCGUCUCCACUGUCACUGAUUCUAUGUUCCUCCCCUUCUUCUUCGUCUCCACUAUCACUGAUUCCGCGUUAUUCACAUUCCCGAAAGACCCAAGCUUUCAGUGGCUACACCAGAGAGCUCCUCGUUUGGAUAGUGUCUGCGAAAGUGGCAAUGAGGGCCUCCGGUACCAAGCGUGUAAGCCAGUGUUAGAGGUUGGCACGUGCGAACCAAACCAUCAACUGAAUACGGUUGCAAGAGGAGCUGAAGCAACUGGCGGAAUAGAUAAUAAUCAUGAUCACCAGGGGAUGAGUGAAUGGGUUAUGCUCGACUGCCUAGUUACUUCUCAUGACCUUGGAAAUUAUCAAGAUUCAUCGUCCAAAUGA